AUGACUUCUCCUACGGAAGCCACACAGGCUACGCAGACCUUACAGGGCGAUACGAUCGUCGUUAGGCAUCCUCGCGAGCGACAGAACCCUACCACACCUCAACCUCAGGAAGCAGGUCCCCAAGAUCCAGCUGCGGUGACAUUACCUUCGACAGAGAUUCCAAAUUCGCCCAUCGAUCCAAACGAAUCCUUUACAACCCAGAUCAACGAGGACCGACCGGCCGUCACUGUUAUCCCAUCGUCACUUACACCGCCCCCCUCGACCCAGGUUAACAGCCAUGCCAGUCAAGCUGGUCCCGGUCCCUCCAAACGAAAGUUCUCUGGCUCCCAGCAGUCAACACUCUUCUCCCCACCAGCUACCGUACCAAACAACGUACGCGAACGUCCUGUCACAACAGAAUUCAUUCCUCCCGCUCCACACCAGGUCCUUGAAGCGUCCGCCGACGAGCUUCGCGUCAUGCUUCAAUCGGCUCUAGCAGAACAACAAAAGCUCAAGAUGGAGACAGCUCAUCAUAAGCUACAGUAUAACUUGUUGUCUAUCCAGGCAGACGAUGAUGCCAAGCGUGCUGCCGUGGAACACGAGAUGAUGCGUCGCGAGGUGGACGCGCUCCGGAAUGCAGAAUUCACCCGAAUGGCUCGAAAAGAAUUUGACCAGCCGUCCGAGGCAUUACAAACGAAGUACUUACAGAUGAAGACUCGGUAUGAGGCCAUGCUACAAGAGAAUGAGAUCCUUCAACGCCGGGUGCAAACGGCUAAGAAAGUCAUCAAGCAAAGCGAGGAUGAAAGCAUUGCUCUUCAUGAAGAGCGAGAUAUGUUGCUGAGACGAAUACGCGAGAACAGAGAGCAUAUGCAGAUGCUCUGUAGACCUGGGGGUAUAUUUCACGCAGUUUUGACACCCAGACAGAAAGUCGCUGUCGUGACACAAGGGCAUAGGAACUCUCAACAGCAGCAGACAUCUAGAUCACAAGGCGAGCAUGGUCUAUCGGCAUUGUUGCAGGCUAUGAGCCAGGAUAACAACAGCGCACCUUCGACACCGAUGCAUUCUCACCGCCCUGCACCACGCGUCGGAAAACACCACCGCAACUCGCAAUCCAUGUCGUCACUGCCCACGACGCCUAUGAACCGGCCGGUGGGUACAAACGUUGGGCUUCUUCCAUCGGUGGAUCUGGUACCUCACUCGGAGCCUCAUCGAUACUCCCAGAGACAGUUCAUUCCUACGACACCUGUGGCCAAGACUGACCGCCGCCGUAGGAGUCGAGAGAGCACUAUUUCAGCGGACGAUAAUGAGGAGCUAGCUAGGCAGGCGCUCGAGUCGGUUGCCGCAGCUCAGUCGUUUACAUCUCAGUCACGGAACCGGAGCGACCAGGACGGAGAGGUGUUUGAUAGCCAGGCUAGUCAAGCUGCUGCAGAGAUGCUGCGGCGAGAUCCGCGGCAGAGCUUUGAGGUGGCCGAACCCUUGAGAAACACACCAGGACCAAUGGAGAAGACAGUUCGCAUGCAGGAGAGAUUACUUUCCCACCGAAAUGGAGAUGGCGACAAGCGAAAAUUCAGUGGCAACCAUUCAUCUACCGAGGAGAUACGGCUCGAUCAAGCAAGUCCAGCGAAGAAGUCCAAAGUGGUUGAGCCAAUGGUCGAUGGGCAAGAUAAGCUAGGACUUGGGAUUCAGUAUAGACAGUGA